CACAGCAGAUACCUCACAGCAGCACACACACAGAUCUACAGAUGGGCUUCAGUACAGAAUAUAUGGAUUCAAUUGAAACCGCUCUGCUCAUGUGCACCAUCCAGUGGCAGCUGGCACCGUAGAACUGUUUAAGACUUUAAAUGUAAACAAUUUAGAAGACAUUUGCAUCCCAGACACUUUGGAUUAAACUAUGUUGUGUAGUAAGAUGAGCUGGACCUGAUUGCAUCUCUACUAGCAAAAAGAAUUCGCUCUCUCACGGUGAACGAUGGAAGUAUUUCACUCCACCUGCACUGCAGCCUUCAUCACAGGAGCGUCCAACGGCUCCUCGUCUGCUCUCAUGAGCACCUACCAGGAUUAUCAAAGCAACGAGGUUCUUCAGCGACAUUAUAACUACACAGGUAAACUGGACAGCGACCGAUACAAAGACGGACUCAAACCCGAAGCCAUCAGCUUCCUCUUCAUCUGCCUUCUCAUCGUUGUGGAGAACUGCAUCGUACUCACAGCCAUCUACAGGAACAAGAAGUUCCACAAGCCCAUGUACUACCUGCUGGGGAACCUGACACUGUCCGACCUGCUCGCGGGAUUCAGCUACAUGCUAAACAUUGUGCUGUCGGGUCCGAACACGCUGAAACUCACGCCGCUGCUGUGGUUUCUGAGGGAAGGCGGCGUCUUUAUCACGCUCACCGCGUCCGUCAUCAGUCUGCUUGCCAUCGCCAUUGAGCGUUACGUCACCAUGCUCAACAUGAAGCCGUACCACCGCGCCAAACGCAAUCGCAUGUUCACUCUGAUCGGGGCGAGCUGGGCGCUCUCGGUGUUGCUAGGCAUCCUGCCAAUAAUGGGAUGGAACUGUUUGCGUAAUUUGAACUGGUGCUCGACCGUGUUGCCGCUCUAUGCCAAAAGCUACAUCUUCUUCUGUGUGUUCAUCUUCUUGGUGGUUCUGUUGGCAAUCGUUGUUCUUUAUGGACGAAUCUUUCACUUCGUCAAGUCCAACAUGCAGAAUCCGAGCUGCGUCCAGCGUAAAGGUUAUGCCCGGCGCUCGCAGAAGUACAUGGCAUUGCUAAAGACGGUCACCAUCGUACUGGGCGUGUUUAUAUUGUGCUGGAUGCCGCUAUUUGUGCUUCUGCUGCUUGACUUCGUGUGUCCUGUGAGGAUGUGUGAGGUCCUCUUCAAGGCCGACUACUUCCUGGGCGUCGCCAUGAUAAACUCGCUCAUUAACCCUGUCAUUUACACCCUGACGAGCAAAGACAUGCGCCGGGCGAUCCUGAAGCUGCUCUGUCAGUGCUGCCUGAUGACCAAAGACGGCCAGAUGAGGAAGAUUGCUGUGGCCUUCCCAGAGUUCAGCUUCACAAAGACGGACGCAAACCAUCACAGACUGGAGACAACGAUUUCAUCGGGCAAUGCGACGACGUUACCGAAUUUGAAAUCCGUCUACCCAAAACUCCAAUUAACAGUUCUCUCAUGAACGCUUUAGACUAACACAUGUAAACAGUUCUGGGGUGCGUUUCCUAAAAUCAUCGUUAGCAAAUUACGGUCGCAAGUUCCAUUGUUACCAACAUAGUUCAAAGAUUUUUGUGUUUCCUGAAACCAUAGUUUCUAUGAACAUUAGCAAACAGCAUUGCGAAGUUGUGUGGUUAGAUCUACAGCUCUGUAGUUUCUUGUUAGUUGCUGCUUUACUUUUUGAGGGAAAUCUGCCCAGACUUUUUCCUUGUUAGCAUUUGUGGCAGUAUUUUAAAACUUUGAGAACAGCUUUUUUUCAUGAUUUUCUACCACCUCCGAAAGCAAUUGAAGUUCAGUCUUUGAAAAUCGCAAAAUCGUUUUGACUUUAUAACAAGUGGACUUAAAUAGAUAUUGUUCUUUCUUUCCAUUACAGAGUCGCAACUUUGAUAUCCAUUCGAUCUCUGUAGUAGUGCGUAAUGUCAUCAACGACAAUAUUGAACCAAUGUGGUUCAAAUGAUGGAUGAGCUGAUUUGCGACAUAGUUACAAUGGUUUCAUGAAACAGUCGUGACUAACUAGUUUCUCCAAUGAAGCGGUGAGCUACAUUGAUGUAUGUGAAACACACCCCUGAACGUCUGAGACUAAUCCCAAAUAUGAUUCAUUCUGACGGCAUCUUUGUGUCUCAAAUGAGCUCGGGCACCGCUUAGACUCAGAAGUUCAGAGCAAACUGAAUCUGAAUCGUGAGAAAUCAGAUUUAAUUAAAGACUCUUAAAAAAUGACAGUCGUAGGGGGCCUGGGUAGCUCAGUGGUAAAAUACGCUGGCUACCACCCCUGGAGUUCGCUAGCUCGCUAGUUCAAAUCCCAGUGCAUGCUGAGUGACUCCAGCCAGGUCUCCUAAGCAACCAAAUUGGCCCGGUUGCUAGGGAGGGUAGAGUCACAUGGGGUAACCUCCUCGUGGUCGCUAUAAUGUGGUUCUCGCUCUUGGUGGGGCGUGUGGUGAGUUGUGCGUGGAUGCCGCGGAGAAUAGCGUGAAGCCUCCACACGCGCUACGUCUCCGCUCCACAAGUCACGUGAUAAGAUGCGCAGACUGACGGUCUCAGACGUGGCGGCAACUGAGAUUCGUCCUCCGCCACCCGGAUUGAGGAGAGUCACUACGCCACCAUGAGGACUUAGAGCGCAUUGGGAAUUGGGCAUUCCAAAUUGGGAAUGACAGUCGUAAAGCAUCAUGUAGCAUGAAAGAGAAACUGUAAGUGUCCUUCUCAAACCAACAGAUCAGAUUCACAAUAAUCAGAUUACAGCAGAAUCCCUCAUUGCAGAUCAUUGUUGUGGAUGGAAAAAGGUGUUUAAUGUCCAAUUAUGAGUUUAUCCCACCCUGGCUUAGCAUGGUACUUUGAGAUAUAUACAUGGUACUGAAUGAAUACCACGGAAUUAACAUAGUACAUACCCAAAGACCACAUGAAUUACCAUGGUUCCACGUCCAAUGGUGGUGAUUCGCAGUUUGGAAAGUGUGUCAAAAUGAAAACGUGAAGCUUCAUUAACCCCUCCUGAAUGUCGCAUACAGACACACAGACCACCAUCACCACGAAAUGCGAAUGAUCUUCACCACGUUAUGGCAUUUUAAUGUUCAGUCUCAUGGCUUUAAAUGUGAACUGAAUUAGUCACAAUUACAUUUGAAAACACACAAAAAGACAAUGAUCAGGUCAUACAGGAUUCACAGGACUCAUCACAUGAACAUUAGAAAUGCUGGGAUCUUUUGUGACAAACAUAAUAUCCUGUAUGUCAGUAGUUAAAGCUGUUGUAACUGUAAAAUAUACAAACCUUUCUCUGAAAAAAAUAAAAUGUGCUCAUACUCAUGCAGUACACCUGAUUUAAAGUAAAUUAUGUUCUUUGUAAUUUUAUAUUAAAUAUUUUGGAAGAUAGCUGAGAUUGAUGUUUAACCUUUACACACAUUUCACACACAUUGACAAUAUUUAUGAAGUUUCUCACACUCACAUGAAUGGAACGGUUUGUGUAUGUGUCAUAUAGGACACACCAUGAAUACAGUGUGUGUAGGUGUUUUUAUCCCACAAGAACAGUAAAACCUGUGUUCACCUACAUUGGUUUGAAAACGGCUUGAUAAAAGGACUAAAUAAUGUCUUAAUUAAAUCCCAAGAUUCUUUGAGUUUAGGGAUAGAAAAUAUAAUCAGUUCAGUAUGCAGACAAAAACAAUAGAAGUCCAUGGAAAGUCCCCACCUUGAUAGAACGUGUAGAUGUGUUUGUGUGUGAGUGUAUAGGGGCAAAUAGAAAGUUUUGCCCCUCAUCUGGUAAUGUUGUUGCCCUAAAUAUUGUAUCUUGUCUGUGUUUUUCUCAGAUCAACACUUUCUCUCUAACACUUCUGUCUAACAGUAUUCGAGUCAUCCUGCAGUCAGCGGGCAUUGCAGUAAAACUCCUGAUGCAGCAGUUAUUCUGUAUUACUAGUCAUUAUGUGUUAAUGAGUAUGCACUCAGUUAAAGAAAGUUCCUUUGUUCAUUUUAUAAAAGUUAAAACAUAAAGUGCAUGAUGUUAAACAGAUAUUCAGCGAUCUGGGUUAGAUAAACUUCUAAUGCAGUAAGCAGUUCAUUGUGUCUGUCAGUACUUUCAUGUUAACCGCACUGGAUUGCACAUGGUGUUGGGUGUUAGUAUGUAGGGUGACUGUGGGCACACGUCUGUGGGUGGCUGCAGAUGGGCUGCUGUUCUUGCACACUAACAUGGAAACACAAUUCAGUUCAGUUCUCCCCUGUUUACCGAAAACACACAAACACCAUGUGCACACACACACACACACACACACUUCAGUGAGCCAUACACACCAAACCACAAGGCUUGAGCUGCACUUGCAUACCCAUGGCCAUGCAACAAACGUGUAUCACACACACUUACGGCUCGCAAUCAUCUGAUGAAAACUGAAGUGCA